AUGACCUCUCUGAUUUUCAUCCUGGCCCAGCUUGCAGUGGUCAGCCUCGUCAUUCGGGGUGUUUACCUGUGCUACUUCCAUCCUCUGGCACGCUAUCCAGGGCCCUUCUGGGCCCGCUUUACGAACCUUUGGCGCUUCUUCACCUUCCUGGGCGGUCACCACCAUCUUUCGGAACACUAUUUGCAUGAAAAAUACGGUCGCGUAGUCCGUGUCGCCCCCAACUGGCUCUCCUUCUCAAGUCUGCAGGAUUUUGAUGCCAUCUAUGGAUUCAACAAGUCGGUCGAGAAGGGGGACUUCUUCACCUUUGGGCGAGGUCCCAGCCAACGUGAAAUGAGUAUCUUCUCGACCAAAUCAAAUGCCGUCCAUCGUCAAAAGAAAAAGAAGGUCUUUGGACCGGCCCUAUCCGGGACAAAGGUAGGAAAAUAUGAGUCCGUGGUUACCAAACAUGUCGCCGUCCUACUGUCCCGACUGGAGUCAUCGCGACGUCCAGCAGAUGACGGGAUUGCCGCUGUGAAUGUGGCUCCUUUGAUGACCCAGUUCACUCUGGACACAAUGCUGGAGAUCCUGUUUGGCCCGGCGUUGGCAUCACACCCUUACACUGAUAGCGCCGCGGCCGGUGACAUCUGCUCGCAGCUUCGCAAGACGACCAAGAUGGCAUGGAGUUUCUCCUUGUGGCCAACUUACGGGUGGGUCAUGAACAGUCGAACCGUCAGUGCUCUACUUCGCAGGCCUUUUUACACGAAAGAUGGGAUACCAACUGGAAUGGCUGGCCUCAUGGCUGCGGGCCAUUUCUCAAUCAUGCGGGAUCCGGAAAGCAUCGCGCAGUCUCCGCAACCUGGCAUUGUGAAAAGCUGGCUGGAAGUUCCUGCCGACGAUGUAAAUCGUAUGACACAGGGGGAAAUCCUGGCGGAGGCCAUAAAUAUGGUUUUCGCCGGCCCUGGGAGCACGACGGCCGCUCUCACGGCCAUCACUUACCAGUUGGGACUAGAAGAAGGGCAGUUUUGGCAAGAAAAGAUCCGUCAGGAGGCAGCAUUUAUUGGAAGCAGCACAAUGGCCGCCCCUAUCCCGCUCGAGCUACAAGCCGUGAUAAAAGAGACAAUGCGUUUUCGAGCAGUCUUCCCCACUGCAUUUCCUCGAGUGAUCCAGCCUGGCGCUGAAGGCAUUAUUCCCAGCCUGUCGAGUCCGCUACCGGUUGGCACCACUGUGUCCGCCAAUACAUACGUUCUGGGUCGGUCGCGCAAGCUCUGGGGGGAUGAUGUCGACGAAUGGACACCACAGCGCUGGCUGGGAGAUGAUGAACACCGGCGGCAAAUGGAGACCAAGUUCGUUGCUUUCAGCAAAGGGUCCCGUGGCUGCAUUGGAAGGGAUUUGGCGCUGCUGGUCUUAGCGAGAGCGGUCAUGGCGCUCGUCCAGCAAUGGCAAAUCCGAAGCGUAGGGCAAUUGGAAGGUCGGAGCUGGCUGGAAAUGCAGUACGAUGACUGCUGGCUCGAACUCAAGCGGUUGGACCCGGCCUGGUAA